AUUUCACAUCUACAGAAUUUUAUUUUAUAACUAAAAAUUCUUGUCAAGCAGGAAACAAAAGAAAUGUCCUCACAAGAGAAAAAACCAAAAAAGCAUCAGCAUCAUCACCACCACCAUCAUCAAAAAGGAUCCGUGGCCCUUCCGAAAAAGUCAAAGAACAAUAGGAAGAAGAAGAUAACACGGAAGGAGAAAUCCAACACCGCACUGAACAAAACAGCAUCCAACGACGAUCUUCGGAAGCAUGGCUCAACAAAUGAUGUGACGUCAGAUGGUAAUCCGGCUCUGAUUACUGUUUCGGACACCAACGUCUUCCAUGAGCAACUAACGGCUCCAGCGAGAUCAUCGACACCUUUGAAGACGCCGGCUGCUCAAUCGCCAACUCCAACGGCGGAUCGUCAGAUCGGAGAGCCUGUUCCCGUGGCUCCAACACCGGCCCUGUCAGAAGCACCAGUUAAAUGGAAAGCUGAGGAUGUUGCCGUGGCGUAUAUCGGGAAAUUAGAUGCAUCCCAGACUCGUCCGGAAUACAUUGAUGUGUGUGUCGCAACCAAAGCGAACAUCGAAAAUUGCACGGUCUGGAAGAAGAAUCUGGCCAAGAACCAAACCGACGUUUAUCCGAUUCUUGAUGCGACUCUUGUCAAGGAUCCUGCCAAGCCAGACAGCUACGUGAACAUGUCGUCCGUCAUUGUUCCACAUUGCAGCUACCCGAUUUUGAUGGGUCAAAUUCCAAAACGAGGUCUUGAGGAGGAGUUUUGGAGGGCCGCUUACAACGAGCAGGUUGUGAUGAUGUACGUCUUGGUGGGAUCCGAGGAUGAGAAGUACGACUUCUUCCCAAAGACAACGGGAUCGUUUUUGUAUUAUGGAGAAAUGUUCGUAAACGUUCGCAAGGUCGAGAAAAUGGACGAGGAACGGAGCCGGUACACGAUCGAGGUGCUUCCAAAUGGAUUCUCCAACUCAGUGAUGAUGAACGUCUACGUGCAUACUGGAUGGGAGCCAUUCGGAGUUCCUAUCAGAUAUGCCAACACCACUCGAUCCGUCGUUGAUGUCAUGAACUUCGUCAAGUCUUCGAAUGGAUCAGAGAAACUGCUCGUCGUCUCCAAGAAUGGGUGUGGCCGAGCUGGAUUCUUCAUCACACUGGGCGCGGCCUUCUGCUGCCUCAAUGAUAACUCGGAGCCACGGAUUGGAGAGAUUGUGAAGGCGAUUCGGAGCCAGAGGCCUAAUGCAGUUGAGAGCAUCAAGCAGUACGCCUCGCUUUACCUAUGUCUCCUGUAUUACAUCAAGAAGAAGAUCACGGUUCCAGAAGGAUUGCAGCAAAAGGUGGAGGAUUUGAAGAGAGGAUUGGAAGGAAUAACUAGAGAAGAUUUAACUAUUAUGUUCUGAAUUUUUUUAAAGAAUAAACCAUAUUUAGUUUUUUU